AUGAAACUCUCCGUAGCAACUGCCUCCGCCGCUAUCCUCCUUAAUGCAGGUAUCACCUCCGCUCAUGGUAUCGUCCAAAACCUCAAGAUCGGCAACGACUGGUGGACUGGCUCCCUAGUCUACCAAGACCCUUACAAAAAUCCAGUCCCUUCACGUAUCGUCUGGCCCUUCUUUUCCAAUGGUAAUGGCCCAGUAAAGGAUGUCACCUCCUCAUCAAUCACUUGUAACGUUCUUUCUGGUACUGGCCAGCUCACUGCAGAAGUUGCCGCCGGUUCCUCAGUCACCUUCUACUGGGAUACUUGGCCAGAAUCCCACAAGGGUCCUGCAAUGACUUACCUGGCCUACUGUGGUACCUCUCCAUGCUCAUCCGUUUCAGACCCUUCUUCUCUUUCCUUCUUUAAAAUUGCCCAGGAUGGUUGGGAUGGUAGCUCUUGGAUCAGUGAUAGACUCAUCGCAAACAAUUACUCCGUCUCUGCAACUAUCCCUAGUGAUAUCAAGCCAGGGUAUUAUCUUAUGCGUCAUGAACUUCUUGCUCUCCAUGAAAGUUACAUGUCUGGUGGAGCCCAGUUCUAUCCCAGUUGCACUAACCUCAAAAUUACAGGCAGUGGAACUGCAGAACCAAGUGGUGUCUCAUUCCCUGGUGCUUACUCGGCUUCUGAUCCUGGUAUCUAUGUCAACAUCUAUUCCAAUUUCAAUCCCAGCAAUUAUGUUAUCCCUGGUCCUGACGCUCAAGUUCUUCUUCUUCUUCUUCUUUCUUCUUCUUCUUCUUCUUCUUCUUCUUCUUCUUCUUCUUCUGCUCCUGCCUCAUCGUCUGCUGCUACUUCUGCUCCUGCAACUUCUUCAGUUGCUACCUCGGUUGCUGCUACCACUUGCCCCACUUGUCCCGAGGUCACAACAUGUCCUAGUGUGGACUACGAAGAUGAUGUCCAGACUUUCACUCUCAGCCAGAAUGGUAUCGAAAUCACAGGUACUAUUACAGUCACAGCCAAAGUUACAACUGUCACUGUUACUGCUUAA